CCACCUGCGAUGAAAGAGAGACCUUCUGACUGAUUUGAAGCACGGAACAAGAGCCGACAGUCGUACUGACAGCUACAUUUUCGUCUCGAUAAAACCCUCAAGAGAUAUACGGCACAAGUCAAUACAUCGACAGAGCUGCUACAACUCCGGUGAUAUUCUAAUCUUUCCUAACUAACGAGAAUCGACAGCAUCAUGUCUGCAUUCGAAGACGAUGACAUUUGCCCGUUGGUAGUAGAUAAUGGCUCCGGCAUGUGUAAGGCUGGUUUCGCCGGGGACGAUGCCCCUCGAGCCGUCUUCCCAGCUGUGGUGGGCAGACCUCGUCACGAGGUAAUGAUGGUGGGAAUGGGCAAGAAGGACAGCUACAUCGGUGACGAAGCCCAGAGCAAGCGAGGAAUUCUGACCCUCAAAUAUCCCAUAGAGCACGGCAUAGUGACCAACUGGGACGACAUGGAGAAGAUCUGGCAUCACACCUUCUACAACGAGCUCCGCGUGGCACCAGAGGAGCACCCAGUUCUUCUGACUGAGGCCCCACUCAAUCCAAAAGCCAACAGAGAAAAGAUGACUCAAAUCAUGUUCGAGACGUUCAAUGUCCCUGCCAUGUACGUCAGCAUCCAGGCGGUCUUGUCCUUGUACUCGUCCGGCCGAACCACCGGCGUGGUCUUUGACUCUGGUGACGGGGUGUCCCACGUUGUGCCCAUCUACGAGGGCUACUCACUGCCCCACGCCAUCCAGAGACUGGACUUGGCCGGCCGGGACCUGACCGAUUACCUCAUGGUCAUUCUGUCGGAGCGGGGAUACGCCUUCUCCUCGUCAGCUGAGAGGGAAAUUGUCCGUGACAUCAAGGAGAAACUUUGCUACUUAGCUCUGGACUUCGACCAGGAGAUGGUGACCGCCCAAAGCAGCUCCAGCGUGGAAAAGAGCUACGAGCUUCCCGAUGGUCAGACGAUCACCAUCGGCAACGAGAGGUUCCGCUGUCCAGAGGUACUGUUCCAACCCUCCCUCAUCGGGAUGGAGUCGGCUGGUAUCCACGAGGUACUGUACAACAGCGUCAUGAAAUGCGACAUGGACAUCCGCAGAGACAUGUACGCCAAUGUAGUGAUGUCUGGGGGUUCCACCAUGUUCCCGGGCACGGCUGAUCGGAUGAGCAAGGAACUCACUGCCCUGGUCCCGCCCAGUUCCAAGGUGAAGAUAAUUGCACCCCCGGAGAGGAAGUACUCGGUGUGGAUAGGUGGAUCUAUACUCGCCUCGCUCUCCACCUUUGGGCAAAUGUGGAUUUCCAAGCAGGAGUACGACGAGAACGGACCUGGUAUCGUUCAUCGGAAAUGUUUCUAGUUUGGAAAGUUCACAGAAGAAAAUUUUGUCUAUUUUCGGUUUCAGUCGGAGUCCAAAACUUUAUUUUCUCGAAAUGUGCUUUCUUCGGUUUAGAUACAGUCUUGGGCGUGCGUAUGAUACACAAAUGAAACAAUUUUUGUGUUUACAGAAAAUAUGUUCUAAUCAAUUUUCAUCUGAAAUGUUGAGGUUUUGCGCGAAAAUUCAACUGUUGUUAGUUAAUGUUGCAAGACUGACUGAAGAGCGUUUUGUUAUAAAACACAAAAUAGUUCUAAUCUUGAUACAUAGUAAAACGCAUGUGACUAUUAUUGGUUAAAUAUGCAUUGGGACUUUUCAACGAGUUUUAAAAAUGAAGUCUAAUUCAAAUGUGAAUUACAGGCAACAUAGCAAUUGUUUGUCUCGCAUUUUUCUGUAUAAUAAACACCGUUAAAAUUAGUCAUAUUUUAUAUAUACUACAGUUAAGCCCAAAAUGAUUAACUUCGUACCCAUUCUAACUUCGGGUAACAUAAAGUUUAAAGCCAAAAGACCAUAGACCGGACACCUGAUCUUUACACGAAUAGCUCUUACAAAGGCAAUGCUAGUUUUUGUGUGACUGUGUCGCUCAUCAGUCCAGUUCAAAAGUUAUUAGUAAAAUAGCGGCCACAUUUUUCAAAAGGGUAACAUUGAGCUUAACUGUAGUUUUUAGUUAUAGACGCGUAAUGUAUUUAAUGCACAUAAGUAACCACAUCCACAUAGUGAAGAAAAUAUUUUUGUAAAACCAGUUUUUCCUUGAUUCCCAAUUUAAACUUCAUUAUCUUGUUAUAUCUGUUUAUAAUGAAGUAGACAAUUGUGUUCACAAUACUCUCGGGUUUACGUCUUAAAUAAACAUUUCAGCAUUCUUUCCGAAAGAAAUACUCCGCAGGCUGGUGGAGUGA